CCAUAUUAUACUUCUAGAACAAACAAGAAAGAAAGUUUUUACACUUCUAUUUUCCAUGAGAGACAUGAAAGGAGAGGUGGUGCUGAAUAUCCCAGCACAUAAAGCUUGGGAAAUGUACAGAAACGACCAAAUCAUUGCCAAAAUCAAACCCGAAAUGCUUUCCCAAGCUCAAUAUAUUCAAGGAGACGGUAGCCCUGGAAGUCUCAGGCUUUUCAAGCUCGGUCCUGCCUUACAAAAUUACGUGAAAGAAUCAACGGAGAAAAUAGAGAAGGUGGAAGAUGGACGGUCGGUAACGUACGUGGUGAUCGGAGGAGAGCUGAGCAAGAUGUAUAAUCCGUACAGAGUGACCUUCUCAUUCACUCCUGUGGAUGGAAAAGAAGACAGCAAAUGCAUUGCAGAGUGGAAAGCUGAGUAUGAGACGCAGACUCCAGACUCACCACCACCCCACAAGGCCAAGGAAGCUGCCCUUGGUUUCCUCUACUGGUUUGACAAGGUCGAUCACCUCCUCAACUAGCUCAACUUCUAUAUAUACAUACAUAUUAUAAAUGUGUGUGUGUGUGUGUGUGUGUGGAUUUGAUGCAUGCAGUCUGAAAAUUCUGCUCAAUUUGGUUGUUAGAAUAACUACUUUGAAACUUAAUUUAAGAUGGCUAUGCUUGUAACUUUAUAAUUAUGUGACCUAAUGGAAGUUUGUAACGUCUUAAUCAUAAUUUAUAUCCUCCAAUUAGUUGGGUUUAUUCCACUACAAGAAA